AGACCAUCCCCUCCCCAACACAAACACACACACUUUUCCAGUCUCUUGCUGCUGUGUGUGUGGUGAGUCAGUGCAGCACACUCAGCCUCUGCUUUUAAACCCUCUAGGAACCGCUUCCUCCUGUGCACUUCACAGUCUGCAGACUCUGCAGUGAGAACAACAGCAGCAGCAGCAUGUUGGAAAACCCGGUCUUCUCCUGCUUCGUGUUUUACAGCACACUCCUAAUACUGAAGAUGUACAUCAUCGCCAUCAUCACGGGACAAGUCAGGCUGAGGAGGAAGGCAUUUGCCAACCCUGAGGACGCAAUGAGACACGGAGGAGAGCAGUUCUGCCGUACAGACCCGUGUGUAGAGAGGUGUAGAAGAGCUCAUAUCAAUGACAUGGAGAACAUCUUCCCCUUCCUGUUUCUGGGAGCCAUCUACUCCAUGACAGAACCUUCACUGGCAGUAGCAAAAGGUCACUUCUUGGUCUUUUUCUUGGGUCGAUUGGUUCACAGUGUGGCAUACCUGUGUGCACUGAAAGCACCGACGCGGUCAGUAGCGUACACCAUCGCUCAAGUUCCCUGCGUCUCCAUGGUCGUCCAGAUACUUAUGGCUGUGGCCUCGUUUGCUUGAUGAGCAGAACUGUCCGUUGCCUACAGCCUGGUGGGGGAUUACUGAUGACUGAAUAUGACUGAAUAUGUCUAAAAAAAGACUGAUUACGAUGCCUACUAUCUGUAAGCUCUGUGUAGUGAAUCAGCAUAUGGGCGGAUAAGUGCAUCAUCAUGCAAUUUUUUUAUUGGCAUGAAACAAAUCUUUCAGAACAUUCCUUGUAUUGUACUGAGACCUGUCUUACAAUGCAUGAUUCCUUGGUUAUUUAUCUCAUUUUAAGCUUAGUUUGUACAAUCAGUACAAAUAAGUCCUUUUCUAUGCAUAUUCUAGCUCAGGAAGCUCAGCAUUGGGAACAGUGAGCGAUAAAGAAUAGAUAAAGAAAGAUAAAAGCCGCUGUAAAAGUCACUCUCUCUAAAUGCAGUACCAAGAGAGAGAAGAAGGAGAAGGUGCGGGGGGACAAACAAGACUACAGUUACCAUAAACCACUACAGUUCCCACAAUAGCAAACUUUUAAGCACCACUGCAGUCUAGAGGAUAUGCUGACUCGUAUUUCUAAGUUGAACAUGCUUUAUCAGGCCCCUAGUCCAUUCCAUUAUUCGUAUACUGUAUACACAUAUUUAUGUUGUACUGUAGGCCUAUUAGAUAUUGUAUGCAUGAGGCUGAAAUGUUGCGAUUCAAAUGAAGGUUAUUUAAUGUCGUCUCAGCUCUGAGGUUUUGAGUGCUGUGAUUUGAAAGGACACUGAGGAAGGUCUUUUUUUCUGAGGUAUGAUUUGUGACCCUCCAGCUCAGAACCAGUACUUCCAUUCUGUUUACACAGCAGUGUCCACCAUUUCCACCAGCACAGUACACCACAUCACAAUCAAGGUCAUUUUAUAGAUCAGCCUGUUCUACAAGGGUCUGUAAAGUCUGUCUGUCCUUGUUUCUGGCUUUGAACUUAAAUUAUGAAAAGUGUUUUUGUCUUUGUUAUGAACAGAACAACAAAAAAAUGCAAGUUGUACAUCAAACAAGUGAGGUUAAAGCAGCAGUCCGUAAGAUUGUUUUAUUAAUGAUUUAGGAGUGGACAAAUAUAUUCUUACUAAACAAAUAUUCAAUGUAAUUUCUCUCUCUACAAUUUCACAGUAAAAUAUACAGAAUUUCACACAGCAAUUUAUUUACAUUAACCUGCAUUAAAAGUACUCUUUCACACUUUCUGUGCAAUUACACAUUCUCACCAGAGAGGUCUCCAAAUCCCCAAAUCCACAAAUCUUAUGGACUGUCACUUUAACUGUUGGCAAUGAGCAUACAACACUGCAGUAUCUUAAACAUUAGGCCAAUAAGUGUUUUCUCGCACAUUUUAACAGGACUGUUACUCCACAAUUGAAUUAUGAGCCUUUUUAGAGAUUUUGAAUAUAGUAUUGUAUAUUAAAUUAUUAAGAGUAUUUUAUUAUCGUAGUGUUUUAUAUCUACUGUUUUUUUCCAAAUGUAAGAACAUGAAGACAUAUGUUUUUUUUUUAAAUAAAC